CGGAGACCCGAUGCGAGAUGCAAACAUGGAGAAACAAAGUUGAAUGAUGGCCCUCGCGGGCAUUGUUUGGAUGACGAUGGCUAAUUAUCUUCCACGUUAGUCGCACGAACCUAAGCCGCGCGUUGUGGUCCCGAUCGUCUGCCUUUGCUGCAGCUUGUGGAAUCCUCGGUUCCGGUUGGCUCUCCUGUACUCUCGGUCACGCGCGCACACGUGCACAUACUCACACUCACAACUGAGCUCGAGAGGCAGAAGCAGAGAGAACGGUUUGACUGGAAGGGCGACGGGCUUUGACUUUCGAUGCGUACUCGCGUUUUGCUUUGACCGGAGAGGCGAAGGAUGGAGCGGGUAGAGGAGAGACACUGAGCGGGUCGGCGGGAGAAGAAUAACACAAGAAGACGACGGGCGGGGGGGUACCGACAUCAGGAGUAGAUGAUGCUUAUUUGCCGCAGGCCCCGCCAUCGUGAAAUUGGAUACCGACUUGCGGCGGAUGGGGUGACCGAGCUUGCUGCUCCGCCGGGGAGGUCCCAGCCUUCGGACGUUACCGGGGUGGGAGCUGCCUGUGCCCGGUUCUGAGGAAGGAAGGAGUGGCAAGAUAGAAAAUGCAGACGGAGGAGGAGACGGCCACCGCAGAAGAGCCCAUUUUGGAGGAAGGGUCAGGGCGAGAGCAGCAGCGGCCAGUCCAACAGUCUCUGGCCUCCUCUCUGUGUCGGGAGUCCCACUGGAAGUGCCUCCUCCUGACCCUCCUCAUGUACGGCUGCUUUGCCACGCUCGCCUGGUGCGCUCUCUGUCGUGUACCCGUUCUCAGCUCCUCCUCCAUACCUCUCGGUGCUGACAACGAUGCCACCUCGGCAGCAUACCAUAAUGACGUCCUGCACUUGGAGAGUCCGUGCUCUAGUGGCUAUGUCUACAUCCCCCUGGCCUUCCUGGCAAUGCUUUAUGUGGUUUACUUAGUGGAGUGUUGGCACUGCUUCUCCAAGACGGCAAUGUUGGCUCAUGCUGAAUUCCAGGAAGUGUACGAGCGUGUGCAGAGACUUCAGCAGGCCACGCCCUGCAUUUGGUGGAAGGCCAUCAGCUAUCAUUAUGUGAGGAGGACCAGGCAGGUGACAAGAUACCGCAACGGAGAUGCUUACACAACCACACAGGUCUACCAUGAGCGGGUGAACACUCAUGCUUCCAGUUCAGAGUUUGACUACGCCCGCUAUGGUGUCAAAGACGUAUCAAAGGAGCUGCUAGACCUGCAACUGCACCCUGCUGUUCGCCUCCGUUUCACCAAGUGUUUCAGCUUCUCCAGUGCACGUGCUGAAGCCGCCUACCUCACCCAGCGCGCACGCUUCUUUGGGGAGAACGAGGGGCUUGACGACUACAUGGAGGCCAGGGAGGGGAUGCACCUGAAGAAUGUGGAUUUCCGCGAACACAUCCUGGCUUUCCCAGAUCCUGCUCAUCAGCCGUGGUUUUCUCGUCACAGGGUGUUCUGGCUAGCUUCGGCUUUCCUACUGUCAUGGCCGCUACGGGUUGUGUCAGAAUAUCGCACGGCAUAUGUCCACUACCAUGUGGAGAAGCUGUUUGGGGAGGACGAGGACAGCGGCGGAGGAGGUGGUGGAGGAGGGCCAGGUGGAAGAGGGGAUGGAGUUGAAGGCGGGACUGAGAAUGGAAUCCACCCGGGAGGAAUAGGGAUUGGAAUUGGUCUGAAUGGGACAAGUUACAGAGCCAUCUCUCGGGUCAACACGGUGGACAUGACAGAGUUGGAGUGGCACAUCCGCUGUAACCAGCAGAUGGUGCCAAGCUACUCUGAAGCCCUCCUAAUGGACAUGGACACAAGUGGGGUGUCACAUCCUACCGUCUCUACGCCAAUCUCUGGGCCUCCAUGCACCACCCCCAGCCAGGGGACCAACCCACCUCCUCUAGCUCUGCCUGUGGUGUUCAACUCGGCGUACCUCCUCCAGAGCUGCCCCCGAUGCCGGAGGACCACAUCGAGCUCCAGUCUUCCCUCAAGGCUAAGAGCACCAAUGGGAACCACAGCCCUCCUAAAUGCCACCGUUGCAGGGAUCAGGGCAGCAGGGCAGGGAGGUGGGGGUGUAGGAGGAAGACUGGUGCUCAGUCGAAGCGGAUUCUCUCUAGGGAGACUUGGUGGAGGGCGCCAGAAUAACCUAUUUCACUCAAGAAGCAUGGGAGGAGGGCUGGGAGGAAGUAGGGAAGAUGGUGGAGGAGGAGGUGGUGGGGGAGGAGGGGGAGGGGGAGGUGGUGGUGGUGGUGGUGGUGGGGGAUUUCUCGGGUUAGGUUCGAGACAGAACAACGAGGAGACCAGAGGAGUGCUAGAAGGAGAAGGGGAUGAAGAUGAGGAAGAGGAGCAGGAGGAAGAGGUGAGGAGAAGGGAAGUCAGGGGAAGAAGCAGAGAGAGAGAUGAAGAAGCGGAGCAAGAGAGUGGAGGGGGAGGUGAGGUGAGGGAGGGCGACAGUGGAGGGAGGGAUCGUCCUCCGUCCUACCAGGAGGCAUUCUUCUUUCCCGUCCUGAUUAUACACGGAGAGGAAAGCUGCCAUGCUGGAGAUGACAUGUGACCCGAAAAACAAACACGUUAAGAGUAUAAAAAAUAUGGUCAGAGGCUGAGGGAGAUGAAGGAACGCACUGAAGAGAAAGACGAGUGGAUCAGGGAAAAUGACAUGAAAUGAGAACAGAAUGAGCUCAAAAGAAGAGUUGGAUGGCAACCUACCAACCACAGAAGGAGAGAGAGAAGAAAGGAUUCAAUAAGAACAGCUGGGUGACAGAUAGAAUCACCAAAGGAAGAGGGGGAAGAGGUGGCGAUGGAAUAAGAGAAAGGAGAAUGACUACUGUAAUCAUGCAGGAUAUACACUGGUUCAGAAGAAUUGGGAGCUGCUAGGGAGUGCAGCAGUAAGAUAAAAUUGAGUCUUAAAUUAUGAGCGAAGGCAAGAAAAUCCUGUAGACUUUGCUUCACAGAGAAUGUGAGAGAGAAGGGCACAGAUGAGAUGAUUGACAGAAAGACCCAAAAGUUUGCAGUGUCUUUUUCCAGAUAUAUCUAUGCAAGAACAGGAGUGGGAGGCCCACCGAGUCUGAAAAUAGCAGGUUGGAGAGCAGUGGAGAGACUCCAAAACAGCUGAGUGGUAGUGGGUAUUUUGAAUGCUUGAAGCUUCGGUUUUGCUAAAAUCAAAAUAGAAAGAAGGGGACUUAAAAUAUGGCUCAUUCAAAGAAUGAAGUGCAGAAAGAGGAAAGAAUUCCUGAAUAUUUCAGACGACAGAGGAAAUGGAGGGGAUCGCAAAGAAUUACGUAAUGCACUUUUGCUUUUGGAAAGCUAUAAUGUGAAAAAAGGGAAGGUAUUUCACUACAACAACAGACGAAGAGAAGUCAAAUCCAAAAUGGCCACAGUACUGACGGAGAAGACAAAAUAAAGUAAUCAAAAAGACCGACUGAAGAGGAGGAGAAAAAAACGGACAUAACAUCCUCUGAGCAGCACUCCUGACCUUGAAUCCUCAAGUAACUUUUUUCAAACAUGUCAUUAAUAAGAAAUUACAUUAUUCUCACAUCUUUUAGGGUUUACUUAUUAACUUCUACUGUGAACCAGUAACUUACAAGAGGAGAACCACUGAUUUCCUCCCUGUCUCUUCAUCCCGUCUCCUCAACAUCAGCUUCUCCAGCACUCUCUGUCCAUUACUGACACGGAGCCUGACAGGAAAAGAGAAACUCCAUAAACAGAGGAGCAACUGCUUCCUCUUCCUCUCAGCUUCACCCUGCUAAACCCUCCUUUACUCCUCCUUCCUUUCUCAGACUCUCUCUGCUCUGAAAAGUGCAGAGGUGCGAGUCAGAGCGGCGCUUCCGUCGAUUUUUAUAAACACGAGAUAGGUGCAAUUAUCACAUGUUGUGUUAUUAGCAACAUGAGCGAGUGUUGUAUCAAAAUAAAUUCACUGCAUCCGUCAUUAACUUCCCCUCCUCUUUUCCUCUGCC